CGUCCAACCCCGGAAGCGGAAUCCCGCGGCUCGGUGCAGUUCCUCCGGCUUUCUGCACCCCCGGACGCCCCCAGUCCUGGGGUCCCGGAGCGUGCGGCGGCCCGGGAUGGGCGGGGCUGCAGAGGCACGGCUUCCGCGGAGCCAGUGAAGAGCAGCGAGCAGUUCCCGGUGGGCGCGCGGGCCCGGCCCCCUACGGGCGCCGACGGCAGAGCCGCCGCCUGGCAGCGUGGCGCCCCAGCCCUGCGGCCGCGUCGCUUUGUCCCCCCGGGUCGCCAGCGCUGGCCCGAGCUCCCGCUGACGGCACGCUGAGCCCGGCGCACUUGCCGGCCCACUCUCCAAUGAUCCAGGAGUCACGCCCCGCGCUGCUGCAGCCUCAAGAUGUCGGAGACAGGGUGGAGACGCUUAUGCUGCAUCCGGUGAUCAAAGCUUUCCUGUGUGGCUCCAUCAGUGGGACCUGCUCCACCCUCCUGUUCCAGCCCCUAGACCUCCUCAAAACCCGCCUGCAGACCCUGCAGCCCUCAGCCCAUGGAUCCAGGCGCAUUGGGAUGCUGGCUCUGCUCUGGACGGUGGUUCGCACGGAGAGUGUUCUGGGCCUUUGGAAGGGGAUGUCGCCUUCCAUCGUGAGGUGCGUCCCCGGCAUUGGCAUCUACUUUGGCACCCUCUACUCCCUGAAGCAGCACUUCCUGCGAGGCCACCCGCCCACCGCCCUGGAGUCCGUCAUCCUGGGAGUGGGCUCUCGCUCCGUGGCAGGGGUCUGCAUGUCACCCAUCACUGUGAUCAAGACGCGGUACGAGAGCGGGCGGUAUGGCUACGAGAGCGUCUUCUCGGCCCUGAGGAGCAUCUGCCGCAGCGAAGGCCACCGUGGGCUCUUCAGUGGCCUGACAGCAACCCUUCUGCGUGAUGCACCCUUUUCUGGAAUCUACCUGAUGUUUUACAACCAGACCAAAAACAUCGUGACCCCCGGAUUAUGGGCUGCGUGGCUUCUUCCGAGGAGGUGUUCCCCGGGCGCUGCGCCGGACUCUGAUGGCAGCGAUGGCAUGGACGGUCUACGAGGAGAUGAUGGCCAAGAUGGGCCUGAAGUCCUGACCGACGGGACUGGGGACGGGCUCUUGCCGGGGGCUGCUUGUCUCACCGCCCUGGGGUUAGAGGAAGCCCUGUCUGGGCAGCCAGGCACCCGUGUCGCCUUCAGUCAACCCAGCCUGUGUGGGGAAUGGAUGGGCCUGGCUCAGGCCCCAGGAUCUCCCAAAGGAGGGGUCACUGGCACAUACGGUGCCCUGGGGAGUUAGGAGAAGGGUCUGCACGUCCUACAAGACUACCUACAAAGGCGUUUCUACAGAGAGCUCCGUCGGGGGGCCCGCUUCAGCUCCACCUCCACCAGGCUGCCUGUUUGGGUCUGUCCUUGGGCAAGGGGUCGCACAGCCGGGGGAACCUGUGGGCUGGCACUGUGGGGGGAGGAGCGCCAGCGUGGGACACCGAUGUGCAGAGAGGGGGUCCUUGUCACCGGGCUGAAGGCUAUGUCUGGGGUGCUGGUAGGAGGGAAGAAAGACGUCAUUACGUAACUGGUUCCUUAAUCACCUGAAGAGCCUCUGAAGAAGUGGGGACAGUGGCUUCUCAGCCUCCAAGUGUCCAAACAACGUUUUUUCUGUUCUUGACCUCCACCAUGUUUUAAUUCUAAAGUGUUCUGGCAUUUUUUUCUGCAGCUAAGAUUCACAUAAAUAAAGUGAACCACUUUAUCACAGAAACCUGUUUGGAAAACCUCAA